AACAUUAUCAUUACCCAAAGGAAUCCUGUUUGACCGAUAAGUAAACAACAUUAACAUUCAACAAAAUUCUCAUUUAGUUUCAUCAAAACUGCAAAAUGUGGCUAUUUUCCUCAGCGUUUCUCCAUUUCAUAAUAAUUGGAGCCAUCGAAGCUGCAACUCCUGUUUUGGAAUUCAAGCCCACACCAGCCCAAAACGACUCGGGUUUAAUCUGGUUUGUGUUACAAAAUCGCACCUCUUCUCAGCGUUACAUCGACGAUUUGAAUGAAUUCCUGAAAAGUUACAAGGAGCCAAAACCAGCAAAUGUGCAAAAUUGUGACAGGGAGACACCUCCAGAAAACCACGUUUGUGAUGUCAGAAUUGAGGAUUUGGCCCCCUGUGCCAGAGCAGAUGAUUAUUAUUUUUAUCGCGGACAAGUUUGUGUUUUCCUGAAAUUAAGAAAUGUUUCGAAUUGGGUUCCUGAGUUUUAUAAUAGCACAAAUUUGCCCUCCGAUAUGCCCCUCUCUUUAAAAGAAACUAUAAGGAAGGACGACGAAAAAGGAAUUCCUCCAAAAAUUUGGGUGACUUGUGACGGAGAAACUGCAGCCGAUAAAGAGAUGAUUGGUGCUUUAGAUUACAAACCUUGGCGGGGUUUUUCUCACCAAUAUUUUCCCGUCAUCAAUGCUAAAAAUUAUCUCAGUCCUUUGGUCGCUGUUCAUUUUCGAAGACCACAAUUCGGGGUUCUGAUUAAUGUGGAAUGCACAGCGUGGGCAAAAAAUAUCCCAAGAAAAAAUAAACAAGGAAUUGCCCGAUUUGGACUACUACUCGAAGACAUUGUUUACUGAAUUAUCGAGAGGUCAAAUGUUAUCAAUGUAUUUUAGUUUGUGUUGAACAAGAGAAAUUAAAACUGUUUUUUCUGUAA